CCGCCCCGGAUAGGGUGGGCGGCGGGCGUGCCUCCCUGAAUCCGCGUCCCGGCUCAGAACGGGACCGGCCUCGGGAGGCACACCAUGGCUCUGGGACCGCUAGUGGCACUAGUGGCGCUGACCGUGCUGAGAUUGACUCGCGGGGAGCCAGCCUCAGCACCCUCCCCCUGUCCUCAGGGCAGUUCUUGGAGCCCAGACCUGGACAAGUGCAUGGACUGUUCCUCGUGUCCAGCUCGACCCUACAGUGACUUUUGCCCUGGCUGCACUACAGCACCUCCACCUCCUUUUCCUCUGCUGUGGCCAGUCUUGGGGGGCACACUAGGGCUGAUGCUCAUUUUAGGGCUCCUUUCUGGCCUUCUGGUAUGGAGACAGUGCAGGAGGAAAGAGAAGUUCACCACCCCCAUUGAAGAGACAGGGGGAGAAGGAUGUCCAGGCACAGCUUUGAUCCAGUAAUGAUUUGGCCUGUUUCCAACUUUGCCUGGUAUUGCAGGAAUCUCACCUUGGUGUUCCUGUUCUCCAAUGAUCCCCCCCCCCUCACACACACACAUUCUUCUCUCACUCUUAUGUUUCUCUUCAUAUACCCAGAAGAGAAGUAGGGGCUCAAACCUGGGGUCUUAUCCUAGGACUGCUCACUGGCUGAAGAAUGCAACAUUUGCACAACUUGGGGGGGGGCAGCGGUGUUUCCCUUCCCCCAACAAUCACACUGCCAUCCCCUCCCCCUGGCAGCACUAGGGGCUCUGGGCUAAGAGAAUACCCCUUGAUAUAACACUCAGGACCUUGAUUUCCAGUCCCCUCAAAUGUGCUGGGACAAGGCAGCUGUAUCUUGUUGGGGGGCAGGGUACAGUGCUCUAUCCCCCUAGAGUAGGGGCUGGGCCUCUAGGGGAGCUGGCCCUCUUUGGUCAUCCCACAAGGUAGGGGAGAUAUUUAUUUGGGGGAGCAAGGAGGGAGGGAGGGAAUAGAACAUGUAUAAAUAAAAGUUAUUUUGAUUUCAAGUUUGAUUCUUAACUUCAUUUGAGUGGAGAGGUAAGACCCCCAUUUUCCCCCUCAGUACAUGGGUCUGAACCCAGUCUCCUAACAGAACUGGGCAUCUCCAUCCCCCUUUUUGGCUUGGUACCCAACUGUUUCUCUUGCUAGAGCAGGGAAGAGUUUGUGUGAGUCAGCCCGGGUGGGGGCGGGCCCUGACUCACACAUUCUCAAUGUCUGGGCGGGUCUAGCCCCAACUCGCUUUCCAGGGAAGACUGAAAGGAACCCUGGCAUCCGUCCCCUCAGGCCCCAACUCCCCAGACGGCUUCCCUCCCCAAUAAAGCUACUUGCUUUUUAUUGCCCACC